CUUUACUAGGAACAUGCACAGUUUAUCUCAAACCGUUAGCAACACAGACCACAAUGUUCAAGCUGGUGGUGUUGUCCGUAACUCUUGCCCUCGCGGCGGCGUCGCCUAGCGGCCUCCUUGGCCUGGGUCUUGGCUGGGGAGGGCACUGGGGAGGUCACUGGGGAGCACCAUUAGCUGCGGUUGCCGCGCCACUCGCAGUCGGUCACGGUGCUUACAACUACAGAGGACCACUUUCCCUUGCCCCCGGUCAGCCUGCUAACAUCUUGGCUGCUGACGGAAGACCCCUCGACACCCUCAGCGUGAACUUGGACCGCGCCGCUCACUACACAGCUAGGGCUGUUGAUGGAGGAUUACAUGUUCUGAAGAAGCGCUCCGUGUUGGCCGCGCCUGCUGUCGCCUGGUCUCACGCUGCUGGCAUCGGCUGGCCUGGUGCCCGCCUCGUGGCGCCCGCUGUCGCCCCUGUGGCUGUCGCCGCUGCCGCUCCUCUUGCCGUCGCUCCUUGGGGUGGACACGCAGCUUGGGGCGUUGGACACGGCGCUCGUUGGGGACACGGUUGGUGAAUGAAAUUCGAUGAAUAUUAGGCUAUCAAAAUUAAUGUAUGGAAUGAAUAAAGAGAGUUACCCGAAUUAA